AUCUUUCAUCCUCCUCAGUCCUCACCUCCUUUUCAUAUUCUACCUUCCUCCUCCUCAGGGAGCAGCAGAAGGUGAGUGGGGCGAUGGAUGUGUGAAUGGGACUUCUGGGACACGUUUGGCUGCAGAAUCUGUUUGCGUGCCAAGUGGCGGCAUUUGUGUCUGUGAUGCUGAGGAGCGUCGGAUACCAUAGCAACCAGCAUGUGACACGCCUCGCACACACAAUGCAAAGUUUUACCUUCAGAGCGACAGACUAGACUUGGAGAUGGUGAAAAGGGGACAUCUCACGUCCUGCCACCUGUCCCACACUCUGAUAUGAGCCUUCAACAUUUACCCAGAAUGCACUUCAUAUUCACAUUGCUUCAUAUCGUGACACUCUGAGUGGGCACAUUGACAGCUCUUUAAUGCCUUUCGGCCCUAAAAAUGUCCCCUGGAUGUCUGCUGUUCAUACGUUGGUGGAUCUGUGCGCUCAAAGCCCAAAAACCGUCUUUCUGUCCACGCCGAGGCCUCCGUGGUGUUUGAACCUGACACGUUUGUACUGCGUCCUGCUGCCGGAGCAUUAAAAACCCCUCGCAGUGGAGCCCGGGGGCCUCGUAUGAACACAUUAAAGAGGCCACGGCGUGCCGUCGUUUGUCACCCGGAGAGAAAGCAAGCGAUUGAUAUCUGAGGAAGAGGAGGAGGUGGCGUUGUGCAGCAGAUGCCUGUCCUCACUGUGGCUUUUGUUUAAGGCCAGAGACCUCCAUCUCUCCACACACCUCCCUCUUUAACUCUUUCUUCAUCCCCUUACCCCUCUAUCCCUCUAUGUUUGUCGUCUUCCUCAUACCUCCUCCUCCCCCACCUUUUUAUUUCAGAAACAGUAAAAACUUACUGAGCUUCUCUGCUCCUAACACUCAGAUUCAGAUUGUUUCUCUUCUCUUGGAUCUUUGUGAGGUCAUAGAGACAGGGUCAUCUAAGGUGGUGCUAAAACAGCUUGUUUCAGAGCUGGAAACAGAAUAGGUCAUGUUUGGAGUAUGUUGCAUGUUUCCAACUCAUAAACAAUAAAAGAAAAGUCAAGAAAGGGAAAAUAUUCUCAUUUAGGAAGCGAAACCAGUCACGUUGCGUACUCAUUAGAUUUGAUGAGGAAGUCUUCGGUUAAUCUUUGGCUGCAUUUUGACAACUGAAACAAAUUCCAGUGUAAUCCAGUAAAAUGUGGUUAACAUCCUGGUGUUGCCUCGAACACCACCCUCCUCUCAGUCGUAGAAACUGUCAGAAAGACAGAUUCCUCCCCCAUCACCACCUCCAUCACCUCUCCUCUGCUCCAUUAACAUGAUAAAAGCCCAGAUUAAUCCCCCUCCCCUCUGUGGAGGAUAUCCACACACACUGGCGUCCUAGAUUUCUCUCACACUCACACACACACACUUUUCCUGGUGUGUUUGGUGGGGCUCCCAGGGGAGAGGUUACUCAGCAGCCACGCUUUACACCCCACGCUGCCUGCACGCGUAAACAUCCUCUUCUUCAGCCCUGAGGAUAUUAUCGCUCCUCUUUUAUUUCAUUACUCUCACACCAUCUGUUUGCUAGGACUCCACAGCCUGUAUGUAAAAGAUGGACAUACCUUCUCUGACAUCACACAUUACUUUCUCCCCCGUGUGUAAUCUCGCUGUUGUCACAAAUAAUCUGAACACUCGUGUCUCUGCAGAUGCUCACGCUGAGCAGGAAAAACCUCGCUGGAGGUUUUAUCUCUCCUUUCAGGUCAUUGUGUGUCUUAGAGUUUGUUGUCUGUCUCUUUGUGGCCAUUUCAUGUUUUUGAUUUUUGUUCUGUUAUUUCUGGGCUUCUUUAGGAUCUUAAUGCAGGUGUUUUGGUCUCAUUUUCUGUUUUUGAGACCCUCCGGUCAUCCAACAGUUACGAAGAACCUACAAAUACUUUAAGGACUACAGACAGAUGAUCAUCGAGCCGACGAGCCCGAAGCUGCUCCCCGACCCUCUGAAGGAGCCGUACUACCAGCCUCCUUACACGCUGGUGCUGGAGCUCACAGACGUCCUGCUGCACCCGGAGUGGUCGUUGGCAACGGGUUGGCGCUUUAAGAAACGUCCGGGCAUCGAUUACCUGUUCCAGCAGGUGGCGCCGCUCUACGAGAUCGUCAUCUUCACCGCAGAGACCGGCAUGACGGCGUAUCCUCUGAUCGACAGCAUCGACCCUCAGGGUUUCGUCAUGUACCGUCUCUUCAGAGACGCAACACGUUACGUGGAGGGACAUCAUAUCAAGGAUGUGUCGUGUCUGAACCGCGACAGCAGUAAGGUCAUUGUGGUGGACUGUAAGCGGGAGGCGUUCAGCCUGCAGCCUUUCAACGGCCUGGCUCUGAAGAAAUGGGACGGAAACUCUGAGGACCGAACGCUCUACGACCUCGCCAACUUCCUCAAGACCAUCGCUAUGAGCGGCGUGGACGACGUGCGUUCGGUGUUGGAGAACUACGCGCUGGAGGAAGACCCCAUCGAGGCCUUCAAGCGCCGACAGGCUCAGCUGGCACAGGAGGAGGAGCAGCGUCUGUCCGAGCUCUCCCAGCAGAAGAAACAGGGACUCUCGAUCGGCUCCAUCGCCUCGCGGUUUUGGCGCUCCAAGCAGCAGUGAGCCCCGCCCCCUCCCCUGCUCGCUUUCCACCCAUCACUCGUCCAAGGUGAGGUGAGAGAGAGGAGGGGAGAGACCCGUGUGCUGCAGGUGAAUGGUCUCCGCCGUCACGGACGUCUCAGUGGGCGGGGCUGUUGCGCUGGACCGGAGCUAGGACUUUGACUGGCCCUGCACUUCCUGGUUUUUGUGGAGGCGGGGCCUCAUCUUUGUGACACCUGAUGCAUUUUUAAGCUUCUGAUGGAGAGGAUCCAGGUCGGUCUAAACUCUGGUUGCUGGUGGUUGGAGGCUGAUCGGGGAUCAGCGCUGCCAUCGCCACUCCAGCUCCGGUCGCCUCGCCGCUCACAGGAUCUGACCUGAGAUCAGCUGUCAUCUGCCACACUUUGAGAAUGUGUAUUUUAUUUUCUAUUCCUGUGUGUGUGUGUCAGACUGUGCUGUUGGAGGCGAACGUCACAUCAUGAAUAUUGUUUAUAAUGAUACAAAUAAACAAUAAGUAGCAUUUAUGAGAGUUUGGUGAAUAUGUCAGAGCGGCGUCGGCCGCCGUGGCGUGGACGAAUGUGCGUCCAGGACGUAACAGCAAGAGGGAUGAGGUCUUUCAUUUCCACAGAGAUUGAAGUCUGAUGUUCUGUCUGUGUGAGCACAUCCUGGUGUAUGAGACGUGACGUCUGAGGAAGAACAACAGACUGUUUUGGAGGAGUGGAGGAAAUCUUAGCGACAGUGUUUGGCUCGGGGUGGCUCACCUGUCGUACCUGGUCUGGUCUUAUGAGGGCUCCAUUAGAUCAAACUAGAUCAUGUUAGCUUGCAUAGCUAGCCAAUAUUAGGCCACCAGUAGACGUGUUCAGGAGCACCUCGAGGAACACGUCAGAGAGCCCCCGACCUGCCACCCUGACUGAACGUGAUCGAUCCACAGAGAUCACCUCCACGUGACGAAGCUACCAAAGAUGCAUGCCGAGCCACGCCUGGUUCUUAUGCUGUACACAGCUGUGCAGAAGUCUUAAGCCACCUCUCAUUUCUCUCUAUUUUGCUUCCAUCCAGUCAGACUUGUCAUUUUUCAAAAAGAAUCCUCCUCCAGCUUUCUGAAGAUCUUUCAGUGUUCCCUCAUUUCCAGUCCAGUCCUUGUACCUGACCAUUUUCAGACAUUUUUUUUUGUUUCCAUUUAACUCUGACCUCAUCACUCAGGCAUUAUAAAGGCUCCGAAGUAAAGUCGUUAUGUCUCUGCACAUAACGACUUGCCAAAGAAUCCAUCUUAAAUUUUAUCUUCAGGCUCUUAGAUGAAAGCAGCCUGUCACACAAACCGAUGAUUUAUUCUAGUUUCUUUAGUUGAAUCUGUGAAUGCUGAAGAUAGUAGUUUGUCAUAAAAUGUCAUUUUUGGACCAACAAGGGAUUCUCUGAAGUAAUAGCAGAAAACCUGGCGGAUCUCGGCACAGUGUGCAGUGUGUCCUUAAAAAAAUUUGAAGAAACUGGACAAGUGGCGGACAAAACAAGUGUUCAGCCUAAAAAUCACGGGGCCUUCAGCUGAACCAUCCAAACUACACAAGAACUGGACUGAAAAUCGGUAACAACAGGUCAGAGGGAGCGAUGAAUCCAAAUCUUUGGCAGUACGUACAGAGGAGGUCCAACAGUGAGGCCACGGUGGAGGCUGGGUCUGGAUUUCGGCCAGUGACGUUUGAGAUUCAUCAGUUUUAACAAAGUACCAUCAGACUGUGAAUUUGAUCCUUCUGCAAAGCCUGACAAUGAUCCCGACGCAGUGAAAGUGCACAGUGGAGCACUCUCAGUCAUGGAUUGGCCUCCUGCAGCUUAACAUUACUGAAGCAGUGUGGGAUCAUCCCGGCAGAGCAGAACAAAAACAGAGCUUUGAGUGUCCUUCAAGAAGCCUGGAGAGAGUUUACAGCCUGUGCUGGAGAAUAAAGGUGUCCACUCAAAUACUGACUGUCACCUGUUUCUGCCUCAUGGAGACCAUGUUUCAAUAAAUUGCUGCACUUGGUUCUCAUUUUCCUGCAGAAUAUAAAGAUUAGAGGAGAGGUGUAAGACCUGUGCACAGCGCUGUACACGAGUCUGAUGUGGUGGCUCGUUCUUGGCUUUAAACAGCAGCGUGUUUUACAAAGAGGACGACGUGCUGCAUUUCUGGUUUACACUCAUUUAGGAAAAAAACAAAGACUUUCAGUCAGAUCUGCUGCAGAUAAACCGAUGAUCGCCGCCAUCCGAGGCCUCUGAGUUUUAUUCUUUCUCUAGAGCAACGAGUCCAGAAAUCAUUCGUCUCAAUGUGCAUGUUGAUGUAAACUCACCAUCGGUAAUAAACCCAGAAUAAAUCAAACCGACCAACGUGA